GAAAUAUUUUAUUAAUAUAGAUUCUCCUUUCUUGCGAGGAAUAUAAAAAGGGUGAUUUUUUUCCCACUUCCCAUUCCUCACGAAUUUGAUUCUCCUUUAAGAUAAUAAUAAUAACGACUCUUUUUCUCUUAAAAAAAAAGAAAUGAAAUACUAUACAUUAUUAUCAUUUCUAGUUCUCUUAUUCUUAAUUACCAUUGCGUUAGCUUUUCCAAAUGGUAGUGAAUUAUUGCCCAAAACAUUUGAAAAACGAAAUCAAUGUAAUUCCGCUUUAGUCAACGCAGAUUUCAACACAAAUAUUUUCAAACGAAAUCCAUCAGUUGUAGGUACUGUAAUCUUUUCUCAAGAUGAAUGUGGCAGUACCGAGGUUGUGGGAAUUUUCAGCAAGGGCUUCGAUGAUACGAGCGCAACUUAUGGACUUCAAAUUGUUGACGAAUGCCGUAAUGUCCUCUUUGAUUUUACGGAAGGAUUAAAUAUACAACCUGAUGGUUCCGGUGGUACUAAAUCUUUUAGGCAUAAGUUUGAUAAUGUGAGUAUUGACUGUGACAGCAAUGGUAUUCUUACCAAAAAAGUUCAUAAUUCCAAACGUAAUUGCUAUAGAAAUAAAAUUAGGAAUCGUCUUCCUAAUAAAGUAAUGAUUACUAAGAAUGGUCAAGGCAUUGAUUUUGCAGGGAUUUUUUAAAUGAUAUACUGAAUAUUACAUUUUUUUUAAAAUUUAAAGAAAAAUAUAUCUUGUGUGUUGUAAUAAUUAAACUGAAAGGCGGGCGUUUUUUUCUGUAAAAUUAUUUUUGUAUUUUUUUUUUUUAAUUUUAAAUAACAUAAUAAUAAAUAAAUUUAUCCAUUUUAUAAUCCUAAUUUUAUUAAAAUAAAUAUUAAAUAUAAUGUACU